AUGGCGGCGCUCAGUGAGACUUUCCUGUCACUGGAUACUACUACUCCCAGCCCUCCUCAAAGCCGCCGGAGCAACCCCCUGGUCUUUAAUUUACAAGUAGCAAUUUGACUUGCUCUGCUGCAUGUCAGGUGGGAGCUUGGAAAGUGUGGAGAAGCCCCGGGGAUUAAGCGAUCGCAGCUUAAAAAGAAAAAAAGCCAAGCAAAUAAACAAAACCCACCCACCCUAACAAACAUGAGGCUGCUGGAGAGAAUGAGGAAAGAAUGGUUCAUGAUUGGAAUAGUACUGGCGAUCGCGGGAGCAAAGCUGGAGCCGUCCAUAGGGGUGAAUGGGGGACCACUGAAGCCAGAAAUAACUGUCUCCUACAUUGCUGUUGCCACAAUAUUCUUUAACAGCGGACUAUCAUUAAAUACAGAGGAGCUGACAAGUGCUUUGGUGCAUAUAAAACUACAUCUUUUUAUUCAGAUCUUUACACUUGCAUUCUUCCCAGCAGCAGUAUGGCUUUUUCUUCAGCUUUUAUCAAUCACACCCAUCAAUGAAUGGCUUUUAAAAGGGUUGCAGACAGUAGGUUGCAUGCCUCCGCCUGUGUCUUCUGCGGUGAUAUUAACCAAGGCAGUUGGUGGAAACGAGGCAGCUGCAAUAUUUAAUUCAGCCUUUGGAAGUUUUUUGGGCAUCGUUGUCACACCCCUGCUACUGCUGCUUUUUCUUGGCUCAUCGUCUUCUGUGCCUUUUACGUCUAUUUUUUCUCAGCUUUUUAUGACUGUUGUGGUUCCCCUCAUUCUUGGACAGGAAUCGGAUGUUCACUGUAUUAAAACCUUGGCUGAAGAAAACUUUGAAUUUAUCCUCUCAGUAGCCCCGCCAGCCAUUUUCCCAAGAUCUCUGGCUUCACUCAGUCCUGUCCAACUCUCUGGGACUCUUUUGCAUUCCAUGGGCUGUGGCCCACUAGGCUCCUCUGACAAUGGCAUUUCCCAAGCAUCACCGACUCAAUGGACAUGCGUUUGAGCAAAUCCAGGAGAUAGUGAAGGACAGGGAAGCCUGGCGUGCUGCAGUCCAUGGGGUCACAAAGAGUUGGACAUGACUGAGCAACUGAACAACAGCCAGCUUUGCUAGAGAGAAAUAUAUCAUUGGUUCCCAUCUUGUUUUAAAUUCAUGACCCCACAUUUAAAAUGUCAUUCAGCACUUCCCAGACAUCCUGCUCUGCUUCCUUAUGAGAUCAUUUUACCCUAUCCUCUAUUUUCAAAUCCCUUUUACUUCCCCUGACACUCUCCCAUUUGCCAUUACCCUUGGGUCUCACUGACUUUGCUUCCGUUUCUGAAACCUGUCAGCCUCUGUCCUGCCUGUCCCUCUGUUUGGGACACCUUCCUACCUGUCACCUCCUCAGAAAGGCCCUUCCUCCACAGGCUAACCCAUUCAGUCCCUAGCGUAUUAUCCAGUUUGAACCUCUGUUUGGUAUGGAUCAUUAUCUGCUUCUUGUUUAUUUGUCAUUUUUGCUUUUUAUUUAUUUCCUCAAACGUGAGCUCCAUGAGACCAGGGACCUUGCCUGCUGUUUAAUCUCUCUGUUCAUUUGCUCACUGACCAACCUAACCUUUGAGAUAUGGUCUUUGAGGGCCUCAUCAGAAGUGCUCAGUGUCCUACUUCAGAGGAACUAGGUUCCUGGCAAUGCAGCCUCAUUUCUCAAUUAUAACCAGAGUUGCCAUAUAUUAAAGUAAACAUUUCCAUAGAUUUUUAUAUGCAUUUUAAAUGAGAUUUUAUUAUUACCUGUUAAAUAAAUGUUGGGAACUAGAAAGAGAAGAAAAAGACCAGGAAGGGUGAGUUGAAAAUAUUUUCCUUAAUUUUUUAAUGAUGAUUAAACUUUUAUCAUUCCGUUUCUUAUUUACAUUUCUUAGAGUGGACUCUAUUUGCUUUUUGAGUGUAUGUGUUUGCUCCAGACAGUACUUCUUUUGGACUGAAAUCAUUAUUGAAUGACUGACACAUCAGUCACAGGCAGUCUGACAUGUGACACGCCGAUGCACAGUCUGACACGCUGACGCGUGUGGUCUAGUUUGGUCUUUGCCACUGCCUGGCUAUACACAUGCUUUCUAGGUCUCACUUACCUCGUUUAUAGAGCUAAGAGUUUAAUAUCUUCCAGCUCGGAGAUGCCGUGUGUGAGAUAAGAUUAGUCUUUCCAUAGAUAGUUGGGAGAUUGCUUGCUUCCAUCAGUUCUAGAAAGAAAUUAAGUGUGUGUUAUUGUAAUGUUUCUUCUUUUCUGAUAAAGCCUUCAAUGUAUCUAACUGCCUAUGACAAAUGCUUAUUUUAUGCAUUAGAUUUGAGAGAUUUAUGAAUCAAUGUUAAUGAAAUAGAAUUUCCACUACCUUUGAAAAAUAUUAUUUUAAAACAGCACACUAAACCCCACGUCGAUAAGUUAAUAGUAAAAAAGCAUAUUAUUUAUCACUAAUGCAUUUUCUAGUCCCUCGUUCAUGCUUUGUUUCUCAGUUUGAGAUUGACUUUUCAUGUUAAAUAAUCUCCAGCUGAAGCUGCAGUUAAUGUCAUUAAUGCUAGUAAAAUUUUGCACUUAUAAAAUUAUAUUCGGUUUUCAUCGCUUCACUUGAAUCGCUCUGGGAGAAGAGUGUCUUUUAUUAAUACAUCAUGCAAUGGGGUAUAUAGGUAAAGAGUGUUGUGAUAGAAACAUCAGCAAACUGGGACUUGGGAAUAAGAAUAGUUCUUAUUUACCACGUACAUUCCCCGGUUCUAAAGCAUUUUAUAUUUAUUUAAUCACUUAGUCCUCGCUACAAUUACUAGUCUAUGCAUUUUAGAGAUGCGGCACAGGGAAGUUAAGGAAUUUGCCCAAGAUCACAAAGUAAGAAGCUCCAAAGUCUAUACCUUGAACCCCUAUGCUAUUGUUCACUCAAGAGAGAGAGGUGAGAGUUCUAAUAAUCCAUGUGACUGGCUUUUGAGCAUUUGAUGCAAGCCGUUUGGGCUCUCAGGUUCCUUUGUUUUCAGCUAUAACCCGAGCAGGAUAGAAUCUGCGUAACCUUGUUCCUGAGAAUGGAAGUAAAUGUUAGUAGAGGGAAAGAAUUUCAGAGAGUGAAGUCGAUGAUGGGUGCUUCUUUUAAAUAGAUGGGUGCUUCUAUUUAAAAUAAAUAAUCCAUUUAUUAUUACUGUUUCCACUUUUGUUUAAAAAAAGUGUAAUAUUAGUUUGAAUCUACUCAAUAUUUAAUAAACGUUACAUAAUUGGUUUGAUGUCGCAUCCCUGACUGUACAUUUCAAAAGAACAUUAAUGAAGAAACAAAUCACUUUCUGAAAAUAUGUAUAUUCAGUGGAAUAGAGGAUUAAAAAUUGAAGAUUAAAAAAAAAAAAGGCAGACUCAGGAUAUAGAGAACAAAUAAGAGGUUACAGUGGGGAGGGGGAUGGAGCAGUACAGAGAUUGAGGAGUGGGAGGCACAAACUGUGGGGUGUAAGACGGGCUCAAGGACGUACUGUACAACAUGGGGAAUAGAGUCAAUAUUCUGUAGUAACUGUAAGUGGAAAGCAGCCUAAACCACUACAGUAUUGUAAAGUAAUUAGCCUCCAAUUAAAAUAAAUAAAUAAAUUUUUUUAAUUGUAUGAACUCUUAAAAAAAUCUUUAAAUAAAAGACACACAAAAAAACUUCUAAAAAAUUGAAGAAACAAUCUAAAACUACCUGGGAAAAAAAUGAAUUUUAAAUUCAAACUUAAUCUGAAAAAUCAGCCAUCAUCCAUUCCCACUCAAAAAUCAAUUUAUAAGUGUAAAGAUAGAAUAGAAAGAAAAACAACACAAUGCCCUGGAAAAAAAAUGAAGAAAACAAAAUGAUGGCUAUUAUACUUCUCACUUACCUCUGCAUAUCAACCUUCUUCACCCAAGACUGUUAUUUUUCCAGGGGCUCACCUUGGAGAUCAUGCAGUAAUUGGCAUGCAGUUCAGCUUAUUAGAAAUACGAGGAUUCAAAACUUUAAGUUUCAUUUUAACCUUUCCUGGUGCUUAAUUUAAAGCAAAGAAAAUCAAAAUGCAGAGGGUAAGACAAUAAAAGCAAAAGGCUUCUGAUGGAAGAUUUUUUUCCCCUUCUAUCUCCAUAGAAAAGCAAGCAAGUUAGUGAGGAUUUAUCAUUUAAUUUUGAGCAAAUGCAUCUCUGUGAGCUAUGAGGGAAAAUGAAUUAGUAUAGAUUCCGAAGAAAGUUACAACAAGCCACCUCACCAGAAUGCGUUUUUCCACUUCAUUUUGACUUUUUUCCCCCCAAAAGAGAAUUCUGAGUGGUUUAUAUCAGGUUGCAUUCAUCUAUCUCUAGCAAAGCCUUGUUUCCUAUAAGGUUAUUAAACACUGGUGUAAGGCAAACAGCUUUGGAGAAUUUUAAAAUGACACGAAUUCUUGACAGGUGGAGAGUGUUUGUGUCAAAAGUGUAAGAGAAGUUGGGUUUCCUGGAGUUUAUAUCCGAAGCCCGUAUUUGAGGCAUAUCAACACGACUUCACCCAGUAGUUUGUGAAAUAUUUUAACACUUUUCUAGCUACACAGUGCAAAAGAAGGUGUUUUGUGAUUUUAAUUUUAGAAGGAGAUGAAAACGCCCUAUGGAGGCUGGCAAGGUAGAGAAACACAGACAAAUAUCAUUGUAACACUAAAAACAGUAAAGAACAAUCUAUUUUCAACUAGGGUUAUCAUUUCACUUAUGAGUUUGUACAGUUUCCAACCUUCUAGUGGUUUUCUAUUUUGAGAUUCAGUAUCCAACAUGAAGAGCUGAGAGGAAAAGCGUGUUAGCGAAGAGGAUGCAGAAUUUGGCGUCCCUGUUUCUUGCCAUAUUAGAAGAAUCCUAAUAUACUAUGAGACUCUGAGUACUUUGUAAUGAAGAAAGAGGUACUAAUUAGGUUGACUAAAGUCAGAUUAAAACUUAUAAAGUUGAUUGACAAUUACAGGUUUGUCUUGGUUUUUAAAUUGGUGAGUUACACCUCAUUCAUAUUUAUUUGUUUAUUUUGUCAGAGGUGGUGGGGGAAGACGCUUUUACUUUUGGAAUUGGGAUCCUACAUUCUAUAAUCUGUUGCAGAGAGAGGACUUCUGUGUUUUUAACCAUUAUAUAUUAAAACAAAAGUGGAGACUAUCAAUUUCAAUAACUCCAUGUAAUUUCCAUGUUUUAUUUCCUAAAGAUGUUGAGUUGCAUUGAUUAGAGCAAUUAUCAGCAUUAAUGCUACUAGGAACAGUAAGUUAUGGAAUGACCUUUUAAGUGAAACGUCUGUGACCUUCCAUUAAGCAGCUACCCCCAUGGUGCCUGGAGAAGGAAAUGGCAAUCCACUCCAGUAUUCUUGCCCGGGAAAUCCCAUGGACAGGGGAGGCUGGUGGAUUAUCGUCCAUGGGGUCUCAAAGAGUCAGACACAACUGCGCACACAUGCCCCAUGGCAAUAUAUGUGAACAUGGGGCCAUCUGAGUCCCGCAGUUCAGUUCAGUUCAGUUGCUCAGUUGUGUCUCUUUGUGACCCCAUGGACUGCACCAUGCCAGGCUUCCCUGUCCAUCACCAACUCCCAGAGCUUGCUCAAACUCGUGUCCAUU